AUCUGAGUUGGAUCGGACGCCAGCAAUUGUACAUUUUGCUAUACCUAUUUUACUAAAAUAAAUCCCAAAUUUAAAUUAAAUCCACUGAAAAGGUGGGUUAUAUAUAAAUUCAUUGGUUUAAAUCAUAACAUAUAAGUGUAUAUAAUUAAACAAUGACCUUAAAUGUGCGUACAGUGUAAAUAUUACUUUGAACAACCAACAUAGUUUUGUGCAGGCUGAUUUUUAUAACGAAAACUGAACAAUAGAGCGUGUAUUCCGUAAAAAGUAGCUCGACUCACACAUGGCAGAGCUACCUCGUUAUCUGGACGUGAAUGUGAAGUGUGAGCCGCUCGACUAUCCGGAAGAUGAUCCCCUGGAAGUGAGCCGAGUUGUAAUGGAGAUUGAGGUGGAGCCGGACAUUCCUGAAGGCGCAUACGAAGACGAAGGCGAGCUGGUCAGCCAUCACGACCUGAACAUUGAACCUGCCUACAUCGAGGAUCCCCAGCAGGAUGUCCCCAAGCCGAAGCCAAUGUCCAAAAUCGACAUUCGUAUGCAAACCGGCAACAGACCUCAUGAAUGUAACAUUUGCCAUCGCCGAUUCACACAGAAGCAUCACUUGAAAAGCCACGCUCGCACCCACACAGGUGAGAAACCCUACGCUUGUCACAUUUGCCAGAGGCGGUUCAAUCAAAUACCUCACCUGAAGAGGCAUCUCGAAACCCACACCGAGAAACAUCACGAGUGCGACAUUUGUCAGGAGCACUUCAACAAUGUGGCCGAUUACAAGAUCCACCUGAAGUCCCACUCGGACAUUAGGCCGUUCGAGUGUGAGAUAUGUCAUUUCAGAUUCAAGAGAAAGUUCGAUUUGAAGAUACACUUCCGUGGUCAUACAGGUGAGAAACCGUACGUUUGUGCCGUGUGCGAGAGGGGAUUCACAACGGACAAGUAUCUGCAGACUCACAUGAGCGUUCACUCCGAUGAGCGGCCGUAUCAGUGUCCGAUAUGCGAGAACAGGUUCAAGGAUAAAAACUACAUGAACAUACAUUUGAGGACGCAUACGGGCGAGAAACCCUACGGUUGUACGAUGUGCGAAGCGAGAUUUAAAAGGACAAGCGAAUUGAAAAUGCAUUUAGUCAAGCAUUCGGACGAGAAACGUUUCACGUGCGGCAUAUGCCAGCGCAAGUUUAAAUAUAUGAACGUUUUGACUAAACAUUUGCGCAUACACACGGGUGAGAGGCCGUACGAGUGUCCCGUUUGCAAGAAGACUUUCAGCCGUAUAACUAACAUGAAAAGUCAUCGGAAAAGAAUACACGAGAAAAAGGAGAAUGCGAAAGAACAGGUUAAAGUUGUGGUGCGAGCGAAGAGGUUGAAUUGUACGAAUAUGAUUGUGAGUGACUAUAUCACCAGACAGAGGAAUUAUCCAACACAAGGCGUCAACGAAGGCGGCUCUAAUGAAAACUCCGGUCCGCUAAGCCCUGGCAAUGUUUUUGAGCCCCAGAGUCCCUAUAGGUCCCGCUCUGGGAGUCCUAACGAGCCUGAAUGUCUCGCUAGGUCCCGCUCUGGGAGUCCUACCGACAUUAAGAUUCCCUAUAGGUCCCACUCUGGGAGCCCUAACGAGCCUGAAAGUCUCGCUAGGUCCCGCUUUGGAAGCCCUGUCGAGAUUAAGAGUCCCUAUAGGUCCCGCUCUGGGAGUCCUACCGAGAUUAAGAUUUCCUAUAGGUCCCGCUCUGGGAGUCCUAACGAGCCUGAGAGUCCGGAUAGGUCCCGCUCUGGAAGCCCUAACGAGCCAAAGAGUCCCUAUAGGUCCCGCUCUGAAAGCCCUGACGAGCGUAAGAGUCCCCAUUCACCCGUAGAAGGAAAUUCGUACCAAUCUAGUCUGAUACACCCCAACUGAAUAAUGAAAUAUUCGCCACCUGAUUGUGUGAGAAUUGUCCGAAAAAUAGCGUUACCUAUCGAUUGGUCACUAUCUCGAUAUUGUAGAUUAUUCCAGAGGUCAACUAUCGAUACUAAAACUAUCGAUAGUUCGCCAACACUACCUUAGUAUAAAUGUAAUAUUAUAAUUGUAAUUAAGUAAAUAAAAUUCUUAUUUUUAUGCAAUGACAAAUCAAGACUGUCACAAUAGGAAAAAAUGAAAUAGUUUAUUUUAUAUGAUGUGUAAUAUCUGACAUCAUCUCUGUAAAUUAUACACUAAAUUUAUUACCCACUAAUGUUAUACAUGCGAAAGGAUACCUACUAAUCUUGUCUGUCUGUUCAGCUUUCACCCCCUAAACCACUGAACCGAUUAUGAUGAAAUUUGGUACAGAGAUCGAGUUGACCCUGAGAAAGAGCAUAGACUACUUUCUAUUUCGAGAAAAAGGGUUGAAAUUGCGGACUUUUUAAGGACGCCACGCAGACGUAGUCGCGGACAAAAGCUCGUUUUAUAUAUUUGUAGAAGCGGGGUAGAAAUCCAAUAUUUCGCAUGUAUGAGUCCGCCGUGAUAUACCUGGUCGUGUGAGUUGUCAGAGUGUCGUAGCGGAAGGGAGUGAAGUGAGCGAUGCGAGCCGCGGCGGCACGUGGCCGUGCGCACGCGCAUCCCGCAGUGUUCCCCGCUUAGUAAUGGCUCCCAUUUGUUGGGGAGUCGUGUCAUACAUAUUAUGUAACUUAAUAAUAAACAUGUUUAAUAACAUUGUUUUGUCAUGUUAUAUAAUCUGCAAGCACGGUAAUGAUACCGCGUAAAAAAAAUAUUCCGGUAAUAUCGGGAAAUAGUUCUCGCGGGAAUUUCGAAAACGCAUAUCGAAUCAUAGAUUAUAAAUAAAGAAAAUGCUUUAUUGUUCACUAAAGGAGUAACGUUACAAAUAUAAAUAUAAAACAGUGGUACAGUACAAAGGCGGGCUUAUCCCUGAGUGGGAUCUCUUCCAGCCAACCUGACAAUAAGAGGAUAAAUUAAUUAUUCAACUACACUUUUGCGCGCGGUCUCGCUCCCGUGGGAAUUAUAUUUCUGUGCCAAAGUUCAUAAUAUUUUCUUUUGUAGAAUUUAUUUUAUUUUAAUUAUUUUACCCGCCAUUUAUAAAAAUUGAUGCGUUUUAUUUUAAUUAUUGUACUUAUAUUAAGUUCAAAUUAGAAAUUAAAUAAUUCUAUUACA